CGGAACUUAAUGCAUUUGAUGUUUUUGCUACGUCCUGUUUUGGUGGGACACGUAACGUGAUCUACUAAUGGCGACGGAAAUUGAUAAUGGGAACUGUGGUUGUAAGGGAAUUCGAACUUGUUUAUUAUGUGAGACUGUGAAUGGAAAUGGACUAUUAUCGGAGAAUGGUCAACCGGUAAGUCUGUGUUCACUGAAAAAUAGAUAAUGUAAAUAAGAUCCUGUUCAGUUGCUAGACACAGAGCUCUGAAGCAAACGCCGGUAGCCAGCUAGCCCCCCUAUCUGCUCUCCUCUGACUGAGCACUGUCAACAAAUACAUCAUAAAAUAGCUAAACAACAGUAAUAAGAAUUAUUACUGUUUAGCUUUAUGAUGUAUUUGAAAAGCACUUAUUACAGCACUGACUUCAUGAAUUCCCUUAAACAGAUUUGUUGACUUUCUUUAGAUACGACACGAUUUUAUUUACGACCCAUUGCUGAGACGAGCUGUGCGCAAUUAUGGUGGGCAGCAGCUGUCUUUUCCCUUCCCUGGAAUAUUUUUAUGGGACAACUUCAUAUCAGAAGAGGAGGAGAGUGAGUUGAUAACCAAUAUGGACCUUAACGCCUGGAGAGAGUCACAGUCUGGUCGACGGAAACAGGUUUGUUGUCAUCUUCCGUUUGCUGCAAGUUGUUAAUAGCAAGAUUACGCAAUUUUGGCAAGUGAAUAGGGUCUGGCAGCAUGAGUUGCGCAAUCAUCUCUGACGUUUACAUUUUAGUCAUUUAGCAGACGCUCUUAUCCAGAGCGACUUACAGUUAGUGAGUGCAUACAUUUUCAUACUGGCCCCCCGUGGGAAACGAACCCACAACCCUGGCGUUGCAAGCGCCAUGCUCUACCAACUGAGCUACAGGGGACCCUGACAAUGGCCAGUGUUUCACUCUUUAUCAUGGGAGGUACCCUUAUUAGCAACCAUUCACUCCUAACCAGAAAGAAUAACCCACUUUAAAAAUAAAUGUCUUUACAGGACUUUGGGCCUAAAGUGAACUUCAAAAAACGUAAAGUGCGUCUUGGUGGCUUCUGCGGCCUGCCUGCGAUCAGCCGUAAUCUGGUGCUGCGGAUGUCCCAGGAGCCGGUCCUAGCUGGGUUUCAACCAGUGGAGCAGUGCAACCUGGAUUACCACCCCCAGCGUGGGUCUGCCAUUGACCCCCACCUGGAUGACAACUGGCUGUGGGGGGAGCGUCUGGUCACCGUCAACCUGCUCUCAGACACCACUCUCACAAUGUCCCUGGAGGAGGGCCUGACAGAACUAGGAAAGGGGGAGGUCCGGGUGUCUGUUCAACUUCCCCGCAGAUCCCUUGUGGUGGUAUACAGCGAAGCACGUCACAGAUGGAAACAUGCCAUCCAUAGACAUGACAUCCAUGAGCGCAGGGUGUGCAGUACCUACAGGGAGCUGUCUGCUGAGUUCUUGUCUGGGGGAGAGGAGCAAAACGUGGGCUCCCAACUGCUGGACAUAGCUCUGAGCUUUGAGGGUACACCGAUAUAGAGAGAAUGUAAUAAUCACUGUUUCAAUUUUUUCUAUCUUAUGUCCUGCACCACCCACAUUACAAUGUGACUCGUUGGUUGACUGAAAGCAGCCUCUAUGCACUCUAUUUUGACAUGCUUUGGCUAAGAAUGGCAGAAUACAGUUGGAUUGUUUGAUUAAUUUAACCGUAAAACUCAGUUCUUAUAACUAUGUAAUAACACGAUGACACGUUGUACUGCAUUUCUUGCUUGGAAUGUGUAUUUGAGUGUAUUUUGUAAAAUAAAUCUCAGACCAUUGAAAUACUAUGUAUUGUAGUGAUUGGCUAUUGCAUUUGUGGAUACUCACACUGCUCUCAGGGCAGGUCUGCCGGUUUUGACUAGCAGAAGUGACUUUUCGUAACAGGUUAGGAUAAUUUAUGUAGCAGGUUAGGAGAACU